AUGGCAAAGAAAGGGAAAGCCAAGGCAGAGACGCCAGCGCCAACCCCAGCUGGGGCAGCCAAAGACGGUGCGGCGAAGGGCAAAAAGGGCCAGAAAGGAGGCGCCGCGGCAGCAGCAGCAUCAGCCGUCCCUGAGGUGCCCACGGCAGGGCCGCCAAAACCGACGGUGAAGCAGAUCAUCGGCGGGUCGUCGUGGACGGGGAAGCUUCCCGUGAACCUGCUGAGCGAGUACUGCCAGAAGCAGAAAUGGGACAGGCCGGACUACGACACAAGGAAGACCCCCGAGGGGUUCUCCGUGUGGAUCACGCUGAGCGCGCGGGACCCCAAGACGCAGGAGACGACGAGGCUCGAGGCCUUCAAGAUACCCGCGAGCCACAAGCACCUGAUCGUGCGGGACACGGCACUCGAGGCCAAGCACGCGGCGGCGACGUACGCGCUGUUCCGGGUGUGCAGCAUGCAGAACAAGCACACGGUGCUGCCGCCGGACCACAAGAGCCUGUGGAAGGAGUUCCAGGCGCUGAAGGCGCAGGACGUCAAGGACGGCAAGGGGUGGAUGUACGAUGCGGACCCGUUCAAGACGUUCCACGACAGGGCGGAUGCGAAGGCCGCGGCGGAGAAGAAGCGCAAGGAGCUCGAGCAGGCGAAAGCCAAGGCCAAGGAGAUGCCUGGAGCAUCUGGCCUGGCCCUGCUGAGCAACAGUGGUGAUGGGUCUGGCCGGUCGGCGAAUGCCAUGAAGGGGUGGACCAUGGCCCCCAAGGUGGAGAUGGGCCGGCAGACGAGAUCGCAGCUGGAGGGGCUUCUGAGAAAAGGUAUCUCUUGGAACCCUUAUGGCGUUGAGAUGUCCAAGGAGAAGAUCGCCUCGGUGAAGGCCGAGCUCACCAAGCUGGGAUUCAGGCAGAGCCACGUUGACGAGGCGGUGGGGUACUGCAAAGACCGAGAAGAGACUCUCGAAUGGCUUCUUAUCCAUGUGCCUGAAGAUGACCUCCCUAAGUGGGCACUUCCAGAACGCUACGCGGUGGGCGUUUCCAUCGGAGCUACGGAUCUCAAGAAAGAGGGGAUCAUCAAGCGACUCUCUCAAAGCGGUUACUCGCAGGACCUGUGCACUCGUAUAUUAAACGAGAAAGGUGGAAACGAAGAAGAGGCUGCAAGCACGCUGCAAGACUUACUAUGUGGGAGGAGUGGCAACGACGAGGAUGAUGAUGUGGACGUCGCCGACUUCCUUGAUAUGGGGUCGCCGAAGGAGCAGUGGGAUGAGGAAGUCGGAAGUUUGGAGGCGAUGUAUGGUGAUCACUUCCAAACCAUCGACGACAAAGUGAUCCAGAUCCGUCUUGAGCCCAUCAAGGACAAGGUCCAUGGACAGAUCGAGGUCUCCUUGCAGAUCCGAAUGGCGCCGUCGUACCCGAAGCGACUAAUUCUGGGCAUUGUGGCCAACCUUCCAUCAUAUAUCAAACUCAGUAUCACCAAGAAGGCAUUGGAAUACAUGGACACGCAGCUGCGGGAAGAACCGAUGAAGAUGUUCCUGGUUGCUGAUUGGGUUCAGCAGAACAUCAACAGCAUUGUUGAAAAGCCAGGGAAUCUCGUGGACAUCUCUGCUGUUUCAUCUGCGGCCUCCGAGACCAAGGUGCUCGCCCCAACCAGGCGGAAUGGGAGGUCCCACGGUGCACCGAGACCAAUCAGAUGGAUUGAGAAUGCGAAGAGCAGGGAGGCGUGGCUUCGAAGACAGGAAACACCUGCAUGGAAAAAAAUGUCAGCCCAGAGACAGAGGCUACCCGCAUGGCAGGUUCGUGAAACGCUUAUACAGACUGUUAACGAUAACCAUGUUACGAUUAUCAGUGGUGAGACGGGUUCAGGAAAGUCCACACAGUCGAUGCAAUUUCUACUGGAUGACUUGUACAAUCAGGGGUUGGGUGAGUGUGCCAAUAUGAUCAUUACUCAACCUCGACGAAUUUCAGCGCUAGGACUGGCGGAUCGCGUAGCUGAAGAAAGAUGUACGCGAGUGGGAGAAGAAGUUGGAUACACGAUUCGUGGCGAGUCCAAACGAUCGAAAGAUACGAGGAUCACUUUCGUGACUACUGGUGUGCUCCUCCGCCGGCUACAAACGUCAGGUGGCAGAGUGGAAGAUGUCGCAGCUUCAUUGGCCGAUGUCAGUCAUGUGGUCAUUGACGAAGUCCAUGAGCGGAGUUUGGACACUGACUUCUUAUUGAACUUGAUUCGAGAAGUUAUGCGAACGCGCAAAGACAUGAUCAAGCUCAUCCUCAUGUCGGCCACUCUCGAUGCUGCAACAUUCAAAGACUACUUCACCUCCGAAGGACUCCGUGUCGGCACAGUUGAGAUUGCCGGAAGGACGUUCCCCGUUGAUGAGUACUACUUGGAUGAUGUUGUUCGCAUGACUGGUUACGGUGUAGGGGAGUCCAAGGAUCCAUACAUUGGCGAUGAGACCAUGGGCAAGAUCAUCCAAAAGCUGGGAGCCCGUAUCAACUAUAGCCUCAUCGUUGAAGCGGUUAAAGCUAUUGAUUAUGAACUUGGCUACGAAAAGAAAUCGGGAGGGAUUUUGAUCUUCCUACCUGGUGUAGGAGAAAUCAACCAAGCCUGCAACGCUCUACGGUCUAUAACAUCUCUUCAUGUACUGGCUCUCCACGCUUCUCUGGAGACUCGAGAGCAAAAACGUGUAUUCGCCAACCCUCCCCCCGGAAAGCGAAAGGUUGUUGUGGCUACCAAUGUCGCCGAGACAUCGAUCACCAUUGACGACAUUAUCGCGGUGAUUGAUAGCGGCAAGGUGAAGGAGACUAGCUUUGACGCACAAAACAACAUGAGAAAACUCGAGGAAACUUGGGCAUCGCGGGCUGCUUGUAAGCAACGGCGAGGACGAGCCGGUCGUGUACAAGAGGGUAGGUGCUACAAACUUUACACUCAGAACCUGGAGCAAAACCAUAUGGCAGAGCGACCAGAGCCGGAAAUCAGACGGGUGCCUCUAGAGCAGCUUUGUCUUUCAGUGCGUGCUAUGGGUAUGAAGGACGUUUCUGGCUUCCUCAGGCGAUCUCCCACACCUCCAGAUACUCCUGCCAUUGAAGGGGCCCUGAAACUCCUUCAAAGAAUGGGGGCUCUCGAUGGAGAUGAGCUGACAUCAAUGGGUCAGCAACUUGCUAUGCUGCCGGCUGACUUGCGAUGUGGAAAAUUGAUGGUAUUUGGUGCCAUUUUCGGAUGUCUUGACGACUGCGUCGUAAUUGCAGCAAUAUUAAGCACAAGAAGCCCAUUCCUUUCGCCUUCAGACAAAAGAGAGGAGGCCAAGGAAGCAAGGAUGAGGUUCUAUGAUGGCGAUGGUGACCUCGUCACUGAUUUGGAGGCAUUCAGGGAAUGGGACGCCAUGAUGCAAGAUCGACUGCCGCAGCGGCAAGUCAGGUCUUUCUGCGAGGAGAACUUUCUGUCGUACAAUACCUUGUCUGAUAUUGCAAACACCCGCACCCAGUACUAUGCAGCUCUGGUGGAGAUUGGGAUCGUACCUCCUUCAGCAGCCACGGCCGAAACUCAUUCGACUGGUUCGAGGAGCUCUCAGUUACUGCGAGCACUCAUCGCCUCGGCCUUCACCCCCCAGAUUGCACGCAUCCAGUAUCCGGACAAGAAGUUUGCAAGCUCGGUGUCUGGUGCGGUCGAACUGGAUCCAGAGGCGAGAUCGAUCAAGUUUUUCAACCAGGAGAAUGGCCGCGUCUUUGUGCAUCCGAGCAGCACGCUGUUUGGGAGCCAGAGUUUCGCGGGGAGCGCGUCAUACAUGUCCUACUUCAGUAUCAUUUCCACAAGCAAGGUCUUUAUUAGGGACCUGACUCCAUUCAAUGUCUUCACCUUGUUACUCUUUUCCGGCCCUAUAGAGCUGGACACCCUGGGCCGGGGUCUGAUUGUGGAUGGAUGGUUGAGGCUCCGAGGCUGGGCUCGAAUCGGAGUGCUCGUCGCUCGGCUGAGAGGAUUGGUGGAUGAUUUAAUCGCGGAGAAGGUCGCCAAGCCGAGCGUUGAACUUGAUAAUAGCGAGGUGAUUUGCUUGGUGAAGAAGUUGAUCGAACUGGAUGGCAUGGAUGCAUGA